AUGGCAGGACUUCCCGGUCAACCAGGACCUCAAGGUUCUCCUGGUCCAAAGGGUGAGAAGGGAGAUCAAGGUGAUCAGGGCCCUCGGGGUUUGCCAGGCUAUCCUACAAUGGCUGCUCUACAUAGUAAUCAGAUCCUGACCGUCAAGGGUGAUCAAGGACAGGCAGGGCCACCAGGCCCACCAGGACCUCCUGGGCCACCAGGUCCCAGAGGGCCACCAGGUGACACGGGCAAAGAUGGACCAAGAGGAAUAUCUGGAGUUCCAGGGGAGCCGGGCGCAGCUGGUGAACAAGGCUUAGUUGGUCCAGAGGGGCCUUCUGGACAAAAGGGUUCCGAUGGCGAGCCUGGCGCCCCGGGACUUGACGGGCAAAAGGGGGAACAAGGUGCACCUGGUUUGGAUGGCAUACAAGGGAUGAAGGGUGAUCAGGGAGAACAUGGAGAAAAGGGUGACAUGGGUGAAAGUGGUCCUAAGGGUGAUGCAGGAGAAAAGGGUGAUCCAGGAUCCUCCGCUGCUGGCAUCAAGGGGGAACCUGGAGAAUCAGGGCGCGCAGGCUACAAGGGUGAACCAGGGCUUCCUGGGCUACCUGGACUUCCUGGGAUAAAGGGGGAGCCAGGAUUUCUCGGCCCUCAAGGAGAACCUGGCUUACCAGGUUUACCAGGAACCAAGGGGGAACGUGGUGAACUGGGACCUCCAGGGAGAGGGGAGAGAGGUCUCCAAGGAGCACUAGGUCCAAAGGGGGAAGCAGGUGAAUCUGGAUCUAGAGGCCCAAAGGGGUCAAAGGGGGAUUCUGGAAACAGAGGUGAGACUGGCCCCAGCGGUCCCAGAGGACCACCUGGACAAAAGGGAGACCAAGGAGCUACAGAAAUCAUAGAUUACAAUGGGAAUAUUCAGGAAGCAUUGCAGAGGAUCACUGCCAUUACAGUUACGGGACCUCCUGGACCACCUGGAUCACCUGGCAUGCCUGGACCAAAGGGAGAGGGAGGCCCUGUUGGUCCUCCAGGAGUUGAUGGGGAGCAGGGGCCUAAAGGUUCUAAAGGAGGUCACGGAGAAGCCGGCAUGCCUGGAGAAAAAGGAGGAAUUGGUCUACCUGGAUUACCGGGUGCAAAUGGACUGAAGGGAGAAAAAGGAGACCACGGUGCAACUGGGCCACAUGGAGCCUCUAUCAUAGGUCCUCCCGGUCCACCAGGACCCCAUGGACCUCCAGGCCCAAUGGGACCACAUGGACUUUCAGGUUCAAAGGGUGAACCAGGGUUAAAUGGUCUUAAAGGAUUGAGGGGUGAGCCAGGUCAAAAGGGGGACAGAGGACCACUGGGUCUUCCAGGCACGGAUGGUCCACUUGGUCCUAAUGGUCCUGCAGGUCCAAAAGGGGACAGAGGUGAAAAAGGAGCUGUUGGUGAUCCAGGGCCUAGAGGACCUUAUGGUUUACCUGGUAAAGACGGGGAGCCUGGCCUAGAUGGAUUUCCAGGUCCUCGAGGAGAAAAAGGUGACCCAGGAGAAAGGGGAGAAAAGGGGGAAAAGGGAAAGAAAGGCAAAAAAGGGCCAAAAGGGGAGAAAGGAGAACAGGGUGCCCCUGGAUUAGAUGCACCUUGCCCAUUGGGACCAGAUGGACUUCCCAUGCCUGGUUGUUGGCAAAAGGGAGUGACACCAUGGCUUGUAGCAAGGAGGAGAUAAGGCUAAGAUAAAAGAGCAAUGUUGUUCAAAUUUGGAGAUCCAUCAUCUGAUUAAUCUCCUACUUGGGAAAUCAUUCUACUACUGAGGCAUGAAGGUCCUACAGCAUCUUUUCAUUCCACGCUACAAAAGGCCCCCAGGCAGUAGAAGAUGGGCAUAUUUAUGGUUAUUGAGUAUGUCCCAAAGUUGCAACAAAGUUUGGAGUUGAGUCGUGCCAAAGGCUUUGGCUUAGGGUGUAAAAGAAAUAUACCAAUGGACAAGUUUCAUGGAAAAUGGAACCCUCUUGUACAGACCAACCCUUCUUUAUGCUAUGUCUCAUAAACUAAGUCUUGGAAGUCCUCCAUGCAUAGCUGUCUGACAGGAGUUUGAUGCCUACGACGUUAAAAAGUAUGACCUUGUAUAACAGGAACGUGUUCUGUAUUGAAAUAUUGCAUUCAUGUUUAAUGUUAUUUUUAUUUAGAUUUUUUGUAAUACAUUUAAGAAAUGUGUAUUAUCAAGUUGAAUUUGUUAUGGUUGCCAAAGGGUUUUGCUAUGUGCCCCUGCCUAACAUGCUGAUAAUCAAUUAUCAUGCCUUAUUUUUUGCUAUUGGUGUACCUUGGUACAUAGAGACUUUACAUGCUUCACAUUACACCUAUUGGAGCUAUUCGAUGUUUGUGGAUACAGCAGGUACGGCAUUAAAUGUGUAACUCCCUUUUCUUUUACAUAUUCCAGAUAUACAGUACUAAGGUGAUUAAGAGUAUAGCUGCUUACUUACUUGUAGAUGUAAUAUAUUAUUCAGCUCUGUCUAACUACUAUUGUUACAGAAAACAAAUGUUUAUUUUUAGCUUUAUUCUACCUAAAUGGAAAAAACAACAAACUUGUGUUCACAAUUUCAGAUGCUCACCAAAUAUAGACUUAUAGAUGAUAGAUUUGGGUAGUCAGUAUUUUAUGAACGGAAUAUAUUUUACUCUUGUGUCUGUGAACUACUAUUGUCAUGCUGAGAUCAAAAUGAGAAGCACAGUAUUUAGCUUUGCAUGAUGACAUGCAGACGUGGCAUGUGUUUCCUUUAAAUCAUUUAUGUUUAACUUUUUAACACAGGAUACAAGAAGCCAGAAACAGGCGAUUAAUUCUUUCUCAUUAUUUUAUAUUCAGUCUCUUCCAUUCUCUUUACUUAAACUGAGGGAUUGGGUGAAGAAUCUGAAGGAGGAUUGUUUUAUACUGGUAUGCUUUUAAGUAUAUGAUUUAUUUCUUUGUCCUGCCCAAAUCAGAAUAAACAUAGUGGUUCUGCCUCAAGUGACAAGGUUUUUUAGGUAAAGUGAGAGCAUGAAGUUUACUGUAUCUCAUUAGCACAAGGAGAUUAUUUGUUGAUAGUCAAAUACUAUUUUUAUGUGAUUUUCUGAGAUUUACCAAAAAGUAUAACAGUUGAAAAAGUGAUUCUUAAACAAAGCAAUGAAAAAGCAAUGAAAGAUUACACCUAAUCCCAGCACAACUGUAAAGACAGAAACUAUACGAUACUAACAGAUAGUUUUUGUAUUUUUAUUGCUUACAUUGAAUGACACAAUAAUUCCCCUCCUUUACUGUACAUGAUAUAUUUACUUACUGUGCUGUCAUUAUAGUAACCAUUUCACACACAUACAUUAAUAUCUCCUUUCUUCACUUAUUUAUUGUAGUAUUGAGAACAAAGAUGGCAGCUAGUUUCAGUAACUGUUUGUACAGAACACCUCCCAGCCGUAGCCUGUUAAAAAGUGAGUGUGUCUUCUCAGGACAGUGGGCGUGAGCUGACAGAUGUGGUAGUGCUCGAUCAUGGGAGGGGCUACAUUGUCCAGAAUUUGCAUUUUAAAAUAUGGAUAGGUAUAAUAGCAAGAUACUAUGAUGUCUGUUGUAGUCUUGAAAGACAUUAUAUAUUAAAUCAGAUGUAUACAAAUCUUAUAUUCUCUAGUCAGUUUCACAAUUUGAAUGUCUUUUUCUAUAACUUAAGUUAUCUUGUGGGUACUUGACAAAACAUUUUAUAAAUGGGUUGUGCUGAGUAAGCUUUGUUUUAUCAAUGUUUUGCAGGUUUAGCAUAAAUAUUUCUCUACAUUUAUUUACAUAGUUCAGGCUUUAAUGAAGGGCAAAGGCGAAAUCAGAUGCAAUGCCGUCACAAAUACAGUGGACUUUGCUAAUGCUAUCCUUUAUCUUAAUAACAUCCUGUGAUAUUCUGUCACGUAGUGUGUUGAUUGGCUCUUUAAUAUGUGUAAUAAACAGCAAGAGCUGUUAGGGAUACAGUUCAUACAGUACUUGUAGUAAGGUGGCCAACUUGUGGUUCUAGAAAGCUUGAGGGUACUUCACAGACAUUCAUGGAGCACCAUCCUAAUAAAUGUCAUUCAAAUUAUUCCCAAAAAGAUUCAAAUAUAUACAAUUUUUUAUUUAUUUGCGGGUGAUAAUAGGAUUUCUUUAGGACAUUUUUAUAUUUAAAAAACAAAGUGGAAUAUGGAAACCAACGAUUGUUUAGUAAUAUUAUUGGAAGUUACAUAUCUGGACCAACCAGUAAUACACUUUUAUCUGUGUAGACAAUGAAAGCAGAUCAAAACUGCAGUGCGUCAUGUAUAGCGUCAUAUGCCUGGUUAUGUGCAAGGGGUGGUCUUCUGUUUGCCGGCGGUCGGGCUCCCGGCGCUCAGUAUACCGGCGCCGGGAACCCGACAGCCGGAAUACCGACAAUUAUUUUCCCUCGUGGGGGUCCACGACCCCCAUAGAGGGAGAAUAAAAUAGUG